AUGACGCGGGCGCGGGAUCCUGCCUGCCGCCGCCGGGCCUGGCUCGUCUUCGCCCUGCUCGAGGCGGCGCUGCUGCUGGGAUUGACGUCGGGCCACCCGCAGUGCCUGGACUUCAAGCCGCCUUUCAAGCCGCCGCGGCCGCUCGCCUUCUGCGUGCAGUACUCGGACUUCGGCUGCUGCGACGCGGAGCGCGACUCCGCCCUGCUGGAGCGCUACUACAGCGUCAGCGGGCACCUCGACCAGGCCGCCUACGCCGCCUGCGCCAGCCACCUGCAGGACCUCUUGUGCCAGGAAUGCUCCCCUUAUGCUGCUCACCUCUACGAUGCUGAAGACCCUUCUACUCCCGAGAGAACUGUUCCAGGACUUUGCCCAGAUUACUGUGUACAAGUGUGGCAAAAGUGCAGGUCCAUGUUCCGUCAUCUCACUCCUGAUAAAGAGUUGCUGGCCCUGGAAAACAACAUGGCAAAAUUUUGCCGCUAUUUGUCCUUGGAUGAUGCUGACUACUGUUUCCCUCACCUCCUAGCCAAUGAGAAUCUUAAUCAAAAUCUGGGGUUAGUGACUGCUGAUUCAGAAGGAUGCCUGCAGUUGUGCUUAACAGAGGUCGCCAAUAGGCUUAGGAAUCCGGUUGCCAUGGUGCAUGCAAAUGAUGGAACUCACAGAUUCUUCAUUGCUGAGCAAGUUGGCUUAGUCUGGACCUACCUUCCAGAUCGGUCACGGCUUGAAAAACCAUUUCUGAACAUCAGUGAAGCUGUACUUACCUCACCUUGGGAAGGAGAUGAGAGAGGUUUUCUAGGUAUUGUCUUCCAUCCUAAAUUCAAAUUUAAUGGUAAAGUGUAUGUCUACUAUUCAAUUGAAGUUCAGUAUGAAGAGAGAAUCCGAAUCAGUGAGUUCAGAAUUUCCCCUGAUGACAUGAAUUCUGUCGACCAUGGUUCUGAAAGAAUAAUUCUGGAAAUAGAUGAACCAGCUUCGAAUCACAAUGGCGGAGAACUGCUGUUUGGAGAUGAUGGUUAUCUAUAUAUCUUCACUGGAGAUGGGGGGAUGGCUGGUGAUCCUUUCGGGUCAUUUGGAAAUGCUCAAAACAAGUCAACGCUGCUUGGUAAAGUGCUCCGGAUCAAUGUCGAUAACAAUGACUAUGGGCCUCUCUAUCGAAUUCCUCCGGACAAUCCUUUUGUUGAUGAACCAAAAGCCCGGCCUGAAGUCUAUGCAUAUGGGGCGAGAAAUAUGUGGCGCUGCUCUUUUGAUAGGGGCGACCCCUACACCAAAGAAGGGAAGGGACGGCUUUUCUGUGGCGAUGUGGGACAGAACAAGUAUGAAGAAGUUGACAUUGUGGAGAAAGGGAAGAAUUAUGGCUGGAGAGCGAGAGAAGGCUUCAGUUGUUACGACAAAAAGCUUUGCACCAAUUCCUCAUUAGAUGAUGUGCUUCCCAUAUAUGCUUACCCGCACAAAAUGGGGAAAUCAGUGACAGGAGGCUAUGUCUAUCGGGGUUGUGAGUCUCCAAACUUGAAUGGGCUGUACAUAUUUGGUGAUUUUAUGAGUGGGCGCCUGAUGUCCUUGAAGGAGAACCGUCUGACUGGGGAAUGGCAGUACAAUGAAAUUUGUAUGGGGAAAGGACAAACAUGUAUGUUUCCUGGACUUAUCAAUAACUACUAUCAGUAUAUCAUCUCUUUUGCUGAAGAUGAGGCAGGAGAGCUCUAUUUCAUGUCAACUGGAGUACCAAGUGCCACUGCUCCGAAUGGAGUCGUUUACAAAAUGGUUGACACUUCACGGAGGGCACCACCUAGGAAAUGCCGUGUUGAGCCUCUACCAGUAAAAGUAAAAAGCAAGCUCAUGAAGUUUGUUCCAAAGGAAAAGCUUAUAGUGAAAACGCCAACACAACGCCCCAAACUAAGAACCACAACCCGGACCCCAGGAAGGAGCAGAGCAACUGCGGAACCACCCCCAGCCACAACUCCAGACUGGCUGCAGCAACUCUUGACCCUCUUAAGAAAUCAAAACAGGGCACCAAUGACCACCGUACCACCAAAAACCAAAGCUCCAAAGCCCAGGAAAGGGGGGAGGACUGGGGGAAGAAGAGGACAAAGAAGGAGAAAAAAGCCGACCCAUGCUCCCCCACAGUCACGGAAUGGUGCAGUCCGGAUAAUGGAUGGUAGUGCAAAAGGGAAAGACCGGGGAAGGGUUGAAAUUUUCAUCAAUGGAGAGUGGGGCACCGUGUGUGAUGACUUGUGGACCUCAAAGGCAGCUGCAGUAGUUUGCCGCCAGUUAGGCUACGCUUUUGUGGUUAGGGCAACCAAGAAAGCAGAGUUUGGGGAGGGACAUUCACUUCCCAUCCUUCUUGAUGAUGUUCAGUGCACGGGCCAGGAGAAGACCCUGCUGGACUGCUCACAUGCAGACAUUGGAAAGAACAAUUGUUCCCACAAAGAAGACGCAGGAGUGAUAUGCAGUCAUGUUGAUGUUACUGAGACUGAACAGUAGGAAGAAAGCACCAUGGGUGGUUUAUCAAACUAACACAUCUUGAUUUAGAAAUGUAUGUGUACCAAAUGAACAGAAGGGAUAUGCUGUAUGUAAAAUGGCCACAACUGUGGUCAGUGAUCACUUGUAAUGUUUUUGCAAAUGGAAGAAUAUAUAAUUAGCCAACACCUCUUAUAGAUAUUACAAUUAUGUCCAUUGCAAAUAAAGAUGAUUAUCAUGUUGGGUACCUGGACUAAAAAUUAAACACUGGGCAGACCUCUCA